AUGGAUAAUAAUAAUAGUAAUAAUGAUAAUGAACAAAUUCGUUCACUUAUAUGUGAACUUGAAUUAAUGCGUGAACGUUAUGGGAAAUUAAAUUUAGAACAAGAUUUAAUUGAUGUCAAACAAAAAAUAAUACAUCUACAAGAUACAAUUGAUGAUGUAAAAAUUGAAAAUCAACGAUAUAAAGAUGAUUGUAAUUUAGCUGUUAGACUUUUACAACGACAUCCAAAUGAAUUUAUUUCAACAACCACAUUAGAACAUAUUCAAGAACAAUCAAAAACGAAUCGUGUUAUAAUACCUACUUUUCCACCAAUAUUUGUUACACCACUUCCAUUGCACAAUACAACUAGUUCUCCAUCACCAGUUGUUACUUCAACAAUUACUGAUGAUUUUCAUCUUGCUGAAUCUCUAUUUAAAUUGAAUACUGUUCAUCGUUAUCCUUCAAGUCAUUUCAUUUGUUCAAAUUGUCAUCGAACAAUAAAAUAUUGCGAUAUAUAUCGUGCUAUACUUGUUCAACAAUUCAAACUUUGUAAUUCAUUAGUAUCACAACGAUUUCUUGAUCCAGAGAAUCAUAUGUUAAAUUAUUCAGAAUUAGCAUUACAAUAUGUACCAAUGUUUAUUCGUUCAACGAAUAAUAUAUAUCAAAUUCUUGAACAUCUUUCUGAUUUCGAUAGAUUUUUUUUCUCAUUUAUAUUAUUUCUAAUGUUAUUAUUCGUCAGUUCUAAAGUUGUAUGUAUUUAA